UUCGAUGAAGUCGUCUUGCCAGCUACGCCUCGAACAGCGCUGCGCGGACGGUAGCGUCGCGACCGACGCCUCGGAGAAGCUCCAAGCCAUGUGGGACCGCAUCUCGGAGGCCCGCCGAAAGCGCCGCCAGCAGCUGAGCCACCGACGCCAAACGGCGCAGAGCCAUGUGUCUAAGGCCAUCUCGGUCGCCCGCGCCGUGCACUUGGAAGCCCAGGCUCGCGCCGACGACCAGCUGCUGCGUAUUCAGUCGCGUUUGGAGGCGGCGGAGCAGCGGCGCCUCGAGCGCCUCAACCAGACGGCGCAAAACUGCCAGCAGCGCAACGAGCACAUCAUGUCGACACUGCAACAUCAAGCCGACCGUCUGAUUGAGAAGCGCCAGCACUACGAUGCGUCUUUGCAUGCAGCGCAUCACCGUCGCACGCAGCUCACGACGGCGUACGUCUCGAAGCUAUCGCGUCAUGCGCUUCGUAUCGAGCAGCACAAGCGCGAGCGCGUCCAUGCCCGCCAAAGCCAGGCCGCGACGCAGCUGCAGACGUGGUUCCGGUCGUGGAAGCACGUACGGCAGGCAUUUUCGAUCGCGAUGCCCCUCGCCCCCGCGAUGCAGACGGUGAUUUCGGCGUGGUCGCACAUCAGCAACGCGUCGUUUGAGAAGAGUAUGGAGCUUGUCCAGAACCGCAAGACUGCGGCGGCGGCCCACGUGUUGACGAAAGCGCUGAGCCCGGUCCCGAUGUCGUACCGCGUUCUUCUCAUGGCUGGCAUGUUUGCGCACCACCCAGCUGACACGAUGGUCGACAGCCAGUACAGCGCGCCAUUGGCCUGCGCGGCGUCCCGUCUGACGGACGAGCUCGCUGCGCUGCGUGAAACGCUCAAGGUUCGCUCGCUCGUGGCGUUUGCAGCGUCCUGGAAGCGCUGGGAAGCGUACUGCCUCAGCUACCAAGCGCUCUUCAACUCGUGGAAGGCCAACGACGCUGCGCAACUCGAUGCGGACAUGCUCACGAUCUACGCCGAGGUGUACGCGGUUCACCUUGCGGCCACGCGCACGGGCUCAGCCGAUGUCCACGACAAGUCGGGCCGCCAGAUGGCGCAGCUUCGCGCGUCCAUGGAGCAGUCGUUUGGACCAACGGUCGCGGCUUCAAAGCUGGCCAAGGUGGAAUCCAGCGUCGCCAAGCAGAUGGCGCCCAAGACGCCGCCGCCAACGGAGGCCAAGGCGACGCCACCGUCAAGCCCGAUUCGCAAGCCGCUCUCGAAGCCGGACCUUGGCUUUACUAAGGAGGUGUUUGCCAACGACCGGCUCGCGCACGAGCUCAUUCUGAACCCCAAUUACCAGAUCCCGUCGCUGGACGAUGCGCCGCUGACCUUGCACGCGACAGUCGCCCAGACAAUGCGCCAGGCGUUCUGGGACCAACUGGCGGCAACGCGCGACCGCGCACGUAUUGUCGGUUCAUUUGUGGACUUGCGGGACCAGCUCACGGCGGUGCUCAAGCACAAGGCACUGGCGACGGCGCUUCCGACGGCGCACCUCGAAGCACUCGCGAGCUCGUCGUCCUGGGACGAGUGGGCGACCGUGCUGCAGCAGAUGCUGCGUGCGAUCUUGCACGGCGAAGCGCCGGCCCGCACGAGCUCGACCCACGCGUGGCUGAACCGGUCGCAGGAGACACCGGCGUCCGAGGCGGCGUGGGUCGAGGCGCUCGUCCGUUUCUUGCAGUUUGGUUUUGCCAAAGUGGACGAGAUCCAAAUCGACUCUAUGAACGCGCACCUCAAGCUCCUCGCGCCGUACGUCGCCCGGCACGGCGUCGAGCACGAGCAAAAGAAGUUUGCGCUCAAGCUCGAGCAAGGUGCGACGACGCUUGCGGCCACGUCGCAGUGGCUCACGCGGCAAUUGGCGACCGCGGCACCGACCUUGCGCGACGCGCUGACUGCUGGUGACCGCCGCGCGUACCGGUCGCUCGUGCAAGACGCCUUUGUCGGCUUGGUGACCAGCGGCAUGGCGGUGGAUACGCCAUGGCCCGAGACGUUGGAGCUGGACAAGGACCGCGUCCGCGAUUUGCGCAACCAGAUGGACGUGCUCACGAUGCAAGCGUGCCUCGUUACGCUCAUCCAAGGCGCGCUGGCGCCGCAUCAUGUGGCGUAUGCACCCAAGGACGCGGCGGCCUUUUGCGACCAAAUUCGCAUCCUGGCGCACGCCGACGAGACGCGCCUGCCCGACUUGGCCGUGCACGCGUCGGCCGUGGCGGCGCGGGUGCUUGGCGCCAAAGGCCAAGCGCUUGAUACGGCGGCCUUGGAGCGCCGUGCCGAGCACAUGCUCGACCCUGCCAAUGCGGUCUACAAGCUCUUCUUCCAGCGCGUGACGCAGGCGCUCACCUCGUUCCUCCAGACAAACGAGAUGGAGCUGCACCCAACGCUAAGCGUGCUCGCGCCGCAUGUGACGACGAUGGUGCAGGCCGCUGCCAAGCUCGCGCGCCACAAUGAAGCCGUCCAUUGCCACUACUACAACCGCCUCAUCCGCGAAGCCUUGUGAGCAAAUGCAUAAGACUGUGUAAUGGCACGACUGUUUUGAGCGA